AUGACGAUCUUGACCAGGGCGACGAAAGCUGCUGCUACUAUGACGACGCCGGAAGGUCAGAAUGUCCCAUCGCUGGAGCAGUCUGCUGGCGUGGAGGCGGGUGUCGGGACCUCCACUUCUCCACCAACCGCUGAAGGCCAGGUCGCUCCGGUGGUUCCGCCGGCUCCUGCAUCGGCCGUCCCAGAACCGGUUGCGCCUUCGCCUGCAGUUCCGUCCGCGUACGCUUCUGCAGGGGGGGAUGAGGAUGACGAAGAUGACGACGACGGUUACCUGAGCGAUGAUUCGGAUGAAGGCAUUGAUGUGCACGCUAAGGGUGUGCUGGCGGCUAAGGCGCGCAUCACGCUGACGCUCCUGAUCCCGUUCGCCCUGGCGAAGGAGAUGCCUGCGGUGAAGCCUUCGGUGAAGGCUCUUCUGGUUUUCCUGCGAAAGAAGCUGUCGGACAAUGCUCUGGACGAGAUCGCGUUUCAAGAGUUGCUUCCGACUUACCUGUCCAAGGUUCACUUCAGCCGUCUGCAGGUCACGCUCGCGACAGCUGCAGAUGCGGAGGUGGUGCGUCAGCAUCGGGUGGAGCAUGUUGUGGGGACCACGAAGCACCAUUUCGGCUGGCUGCACCCAGUCAACCGCGCCUUUGUGAAAGCGAAGACUGACCUGCCGGAAGGGGUGGAAGUUUUGCUCAAAGGAGUUCUGGCGGAGAUUACGCCGCUCAUUGUUUACGAAUCGCUGGCGGUGGCGAAGCUGCAGAAGCGCGGUCGUCCGGCGUUCCAGCAAGGCGCGGGUUUCCACCGUGUGGUUGACCAUGUUUCGGGCUUGGACACGGAUAAGAUCCGUGGCUUGGUGGUCCCGCAUCCAGGGGACAAGUACCGCUGGCGCCAUGUGGUGGAGGACCCGCUCACGGCCUCCCUUCUGUCGGCAGGGGUGGUGAGGAAGCUUCUCCGGGACCCGGCGCUGGUCCUUAUCUCGACUGGUGCCAACGUGGAGGAAUGGCUGUGUGUCCAGGAGUGCUGCGAACGUGCGCACGGGGAUACCUUCGCUCAGGCUGCGGCUCACAUCAGCUCCUUCAGCCAUGGCGCGGCGCUGGGUACGGCGGGUGUUGCGACCCGUGCGACCAAGGCGAAGCAGGCCUUGCAGGCGGCGAAGAAGCUGUAUGGGAUUCGAGCGGAGAAGGCGAAGGGGAAGUGA